CUGCAUCAUAGCUGUUCACCAUUUCACUGAGAAGAUGCUACUGUAGAUACAAUCAAAUACGAUCAUUUUUGAUUACUUGUUACUCCAAGGCUGUUGGUCUGCCUGUUCAAAAACACACUUGAUGUGGCCAAAGACAGACUCACUGUAAGGACCAAUGAUAGAUGGUUUAACCCUUAAAGCAGGUAUCAGUAAAAAAAAAAAAAAGAGAGAGAAAAAAAAUUCCCUGUUUUUUCAUAAUUUGUCAUUUGACUGCAGAUAAAAACAGCAUUUGUAGAAGCAGUACAAUAAUAUCAAAUAUUAACACUGUGGCAUUAUGUUUUGUUUUAAAAAAUGCUUAUUUAGAAUUUAAAGCAUUUGACAUGUCUCACAAAAAGUUGGGACAAGGGUGACAAAAUACUUCCAAAGUGUGUAACGCUAAAAAAAAUACAAUGAAGAAACUCACGAAUGCAAAAUGGUUUCAAACAAGCAUCCUAGUGAAGAGGAGUCUUUAGGAAGUAAACAUGGGGAGAAGUUCAUCAUCUUGUGAAAGGAAGAAUAUUUGACAGAAAACACUAAAGAGCCUCAGCGAGUGAUUUUUGGAAUCCUCUGAACGUACACUCAGCACAAUUCUUUGCGUUUGCUGUAAAAACUAACGCGGAGAUGAGACGCAUCCGCCCUGACUGUCCCAUCCUGCUGCCUCUCAACGACUCUGAAAGUCUCAAGUUUAUUCAUGACAUGGUGAAACUCUUCAACAUUAACAUCGCUAAGAAGCAUUACUACAUCUUGCAGGAUGUGGCACGGAUAACAGCUGGGAAAUAUAUGCAUGAAAAUUAUGCUGAGUUUGUCCUUGUGGAGAGUCGUUGCCCAGUGGGCUCUAAAAUCCCAAUUGAGGAAUGCACUCCGCUCUGUCCUGACAGAGCUGAUUAUGCUUACUGCCAGGGAUUUGAGGGCUUUGAAUGUUAUAUUAAUGAUCCAAAGAACACUACUGCACUUGGGCCUGGUGAAGAGGAGCCUGUCUGUGGACAUCAUGAAAGAAGCCAGCCACAUGAUCAUGAACAUGGUCAUGGCUCUCCUCCUACUGGUGGCAAGGGUAAAGGAUCAAUUCACCCCCUACGGCGCUUUCAUCCAUGUCACGGAUUCCUUUUCAAUCCUGACCCAGCUCUCCACCCUAUUUGCCCCUGGCCUCUUCCUCACCGCACACAAAACGAAUCCAGAAUUAGCUGAACAUUGCCAAAUAAAGAACAUGGUUGUUUUGCAUGCAAUGUGCCAAAAUAUAGUGCAUACAAAAUAAACCAUCUAGGUGUUGACUGCUUGAAGCUG